GAAAGAAGAGUUAUGGAGUAGGUGGUUUUUUCGUCACGAAAGUUUGCGAGUUUUACCAAUUGAUUUGGCAUAUAUUUCAAGGGUAUAGGUUAAGGAAGUGGUUGUUUAUAAAUUUUUAAUACUUUGAGUAAAUUAAGUUAAAAAUAAACUAGCAGGACGUCUAUGAGUCACCAUAAGUUUUACUUUAUUGCAAACUGAGAAAAGUGAAGUGAAUAAUUAGAUAAAAAGUUAGCUGAGAUCAUCACAUAAAUAUCAAGAUGGCUGCACCCGAAGUACCUCGUACAGAAUUGCAGGAACUGCAAAUUAAAUCUGGUCAGGUAGCAGAUGAGUCCCUCGAAAGUACUCGUCGCAUGCUAAAUCUUAUGGAAGAAAGUAAAGAGGCUGGCAUCCGAACGCUGGUAGCUUUAGACGACCAAGGCGAACAACUGGAUCGAAUUGAGGAAGGCAUGGAUCGCAUUAACGCAGACAUGAGGGAAGCCGAGAAAAAUCUAAGCGGUAUGGAAAAAUGCUGUGGAUUGUGUGUUGUGCCUUGGAAGAAGGUUGCAAUAAAAGACGAUGGCGAUAAUGCUUGGAAAGCGAAUGAAGAUGGUAAAAUCGUGAAUAGUCAACCUACAAGGGUUGUAGAUGAACGGGAAAGAAUGGGUGGUGUUCCAGCUCAAAGUGGAUACAUUCCUCGUAUUACAAAUGACGCCCGGGAAGAUGAAAUGGAUGAGAAUAUUGGACAAGUGAACUCAAUGUUGGGAAAUCUGCGAAAUAUGGCAUUAGAUAUGGGUUCCGAAUUGGAAAAUCAAAACAAACAAAUUGAUCGUAUUAACGCCAAAGGAGAUGCAAAUAACGUUCGUAUGGAUGGUGUUAACAAGCGUGCCAACAAUUUGCUCAAAAGCUAAACAUGUUAAGUUAUGAUAUACGGUAAAGUUAAAUAAGAUAAAUGAAUAUGCACAAAUAAUAUCACAACAAGGCAAAACCCAAUUCGGAUUGAUAUAUUCAACAUAAUCCUGAUACACACAUUAAACUGCACAAUACCGAGAAGACGUACCAAUUGCGGCGCAUUUUUACAAUUUACACGAGAAAAUUAACUAUAUACAACUUUAUACAUAUACAAUAUAUACACUAAAAAGCGGAAAUUGCGAAUGACUAAUAUACAAAUGCUGAACUAACUACCCACCACUUAAGUAACUACUUACAUUAUACACUUAUACAAAACUUAUCGCAUAUUUAUAGCGAAUAUUGAUGUGCUCCGAGGCAUCCUAACUAUUUGCGUAUAUACCGUACACUAGCGCACAUAUAUAUAUAUAAAUAUACAUAUUUAUCGUAAUUGUACUUUAUUGUAUUUAAAUUUUUGAGAGCGGUCGAUUAGCGCAUUUUUAGCAGAUUAAAAGGCAUUAUAUCCUAUUGCAUUACGUAUUUGAAAUAAAAACAAAAAUGUUUGAGAUUAUACACUAUGCGUAGAAGAAUAGAUUUUUAAACCACUGAAUGUACACUAUUAUACAAACGCACAUAUACAAUCCCACAGCCACAACUGAUGCUAACGAUUAGCACAAUCGUACAUGUGUAGGUGUUAUGGAUAAAAAAAAAUCUACUAUUGCUCUAAAUUUCACUACUUUAUGUACCCCGUUAUAUUGGUAAAGAAUAUAUCUAGUUAUACAUCAGAGUCUUAGUUCAUUCUAUCUAGUAGUACGCUGUCUUCUUCAUAUAUUUAUUAAAUGUAUUAAAAUUGUAUAAAAACAUCGUAAGGAAUGCUGUUCUUGUUAAUUUAUGUAUAAAUAAAUAUCGUGUAGAUUAUCAUUAUACUCGUAAUGUAUUAUUUAAUUUCAAUAAUAGAUAAAUGUUAACAUAAACGAAAA